UCCUAGAUCUUUGGGGGAGCAUUCCGUGCUCGAUCCAUGGCGCAUUCUUUUCGGAGAGAGCGAUUUCUAGGUAGAGGAGGAGCUAGGGUUUCGGGGAUAUUCAACGGGAGCGUUCCUUAACUGUAACCGACAGGAAUGUUCUAAACUGUCAACGGCGUCCGUUUCAGGUGUCCGAGACUCGUUGCGUGGAUUAGGGCUCGUUGCUUUCUCGUCCAUCGCUGCUUGUGCCGCUGCUCAGCUGGAUGGCUCAGAGAAUUCUUGGAAAGCCCAACCCCAACAUCCGGUUUCGCUGCUCCUGGAAGACAGUUAUCUACGAAGUUUUGAAGGCCCGGCAGUGGAGCGAGACGGACAGUGAGCUAGAUUGGGAUUUUUUCUGGUCCGAUGUGAGCUGGUUGCACGAGUUUUUCGACCAUAUCCAUCUCGCAGACCACCAGAGGAUCAAUCACUUUAGAAACUACUACGAGGUACAUUUCCCAGGCAUUCUUGUAAUCCAUGCACUAAAAAGCUGACACGGAAAGAUUUGCUCAUCAAGAACUUGAAGCGCAUGAAGAAAACACUUGAGAAAGACAGUCGAUCCGCGGAAGCUGCAAAGUACGAUUUUUUUCCACCCACUUACGCCUUGCCCGCAGAAUAUGGCCUCUUUGUGGAGCAGUUCAAGCGAAAUGCGGGAGUCUGGAUAAUGAAACCCGUUGGAAAAGCACAAGGAAGAGGUAUCUUUUUGUUCCACAAGCUCGGGCAGAUCAGUGAAUGGAAGAAGGAUCAUCGAUGGAAAGUUGAUAAUCCACAGGUGGAAAGCUACAUUGUUCAACGAUACAUCAACAAUCCUUACCUGGUCGGCGGCAAAAAAUUUGAUCUUCGGAUCUACGUUUUGGUCAUGGCAUAUACACCACUGAAGGCCUACCUAUACAGAUCAGGUUUUGCGAGAUUCACAAACACGCGUUUCAGCAUGAAGAAAGAAGAUAUCUUGAACAACUACGUCCAUCUCACGAAUUUUGCUAUACAGAAGACGGCCCCAACUUACGAUUCAAAGAAUGGAACAAAAUGGCCACUACAGAGUUUGAAGAUACACAUGAUCACCAAGCAUGGAGAGAAGGCCGUGAACGAGCUCUUCCACAACAUCCAGAUGAUAAUCAUCCGGUCACUUAUAGCGGUGCAAAACGUAAUCAUCCAGGACAAGCACUGCUUCGAGCUCUAUGGAUACGACAUUCUCGUGGACGAGUCUCUCAAGCCGUGGUUGCUCGAAGUAAAUGCAUCUCCGAGCCUGGCUGCUGAUACUCCAUCCGACUACGACCUCAAGUUUGGAAUGCUGGACGACUUGCUUUCCAUUGUGGACAUGGAGCGACGUCUACCAGCGCAAAGCUCUCCGAAAAGAGUUGGAGGCUUUGAUUUGCUGAUCGAUCAAGGAGCUGCGGAUGCCAAGCCUUCUCCCGCAAUCCUUGGCUGUCACAACGAUCGAGUUCAGCAGCUAAAGAAGCUGUUUGGUCCCUUGGCUCGAGCAGCUCGUCACGCUGCCGCCGCUACGCACGACUAGAAAGUCUACGAUCAAAGAAAAGAAGCUCUUUUAUAUUCCAUAUCUGUUCUAACACGUGGAAUACAUAGAAAGGGUUCGUCCAGUUUUUUUC